AUGUAAUUCUUCGACAUUACAAAUUUAGAAAAGAGCUCUUAAAAUUUAAAAACUAAAAGUAUUGUUUAGGUUCCUAAGAGUCCAAAGAAAAAAAACUAGUUAAAUUAUAUGGAAAUGAAAAAUAUCCAAUUUGAUUGGAUUUGCUUAAAUCAAGAAGAAUUUGAAAUUAUGAAAGAUGAAAAUCCAAAAGUCGAUAGUUUUACAAUUUAAGAAUAGUUCUUUUGGUUUUAAAAUGAACAUACUCAUUUUGCUUAUCCAUUAACGAUCGAACAUGGAAAUGUAAUUUUAACUUAAAAUAAUAUAGUUUAUUGAAUCUUUAAAGAAACAUAACAUAGAUGAAUGUAAACGACAUAAUUUAUUAUGUUGGAUGGGGGAUGUAAUGGGAAGUUAUGAGAGUGCUUCAAAUGAAACAUACUUUUUGGCAAUCUCAAUAUUGGAUAAAUUUCUUUAAUAGACUAAUUUUUUACUUACUAAUUAGGAACUAUUAGCAAUUGGUAUUUGUUGUAUAAGUCUUGCUUCAAAAUGUAAAGAUGUUUCCCCUUUAACAUCCUAAUAAUUGAUUGAAUUGAGUAGUGAUAAAAUGGAUGAACAAAUGUUAAUAUAAUGUUAAUUUAACAUUUUAUAAACUCUUCAAUAUUAAGUUGAAGUUCCAAAUUACUUUAAGAUUUUUGAUUAUAUAAUGAGAGAUUUAGAAUACAGAUAUUAUAAAUAUAUCUCUUCAGACAUUAUUUAAAACUCAUUAGUUAGUAUUAAAUUAAAAGCUAUUUAUAAAUGUAGUUUGCUUUUAUUAAAAUUUGUCACUUAAUAUUAUGAUUCAACUAUUUUUCAUCAAAGUGCAAUAUCAUAUGGAUCUAUAUUUUAUACAAUUAAACGUAUGGAAUUAUUAUAAUUAUCAAUUCCCACUGAUUUAAUUAAUGUGCUCUAAUAAAUACAAGUAGAUUAGAAGAUUAUCAAUACAGAAAUUGUUUUAAAAUAUAUUUAUAGAUUAUGUUAAAAUGGAAUGUCUAAAAAAUAAUAGUAAUAUCUUAGACAAACUAAUAUUAAGUAUUGA